AUGUGCAUCGACCACCCAGGGGCAGAUGGGGUUCACCGAACAGAAAGCGUCAUCGAGAACUUCUUGCACCUCCUCGUCAAAUCGCUCAGUCACCCACGAUUGCGGCUACUGGAUGCAGUCGGAGAUUUCCUGCCCACCUCACCUACGGCGUCCAUCCCAGAUGUUCCACCAUUCCGGAAGGCAUGGAACGGCUCCCUCACGUAUCGAGAGCUGGGCGAACUGACCGACCGGCUGGCACGUGCACUGAUGCACUUGGGGAUAGGACCGGAGCGCUUCGUCCCCAUCUACAUGGAAAGGUCCCAAUGGACAACGGUGGCCAUCCUCACCAUGAUCAAAAGUGGUGGUGCGUUUAGUCUACUGAGCCCAGCCCAUCCUUUGCCCCGUCUGCAGCAGAUCUGCGACGAUCUCCGAAGUUCGUUUAUACUGUCGUCGGAAGCGCAGGCGGCGCGGUGUCUGAAGCUUGGAGGAGAGGUUCUGGUUAUAGAGAGUUUGGAUCAAGCAUGCCGAUCAAGCCGUGUCCUCCAGGAGAUGCCACCGGCCCAGCCAGGCAAUGCGCUCUAUGUCGCUUUUACGUCGGGCUCCACGGGGAAGCCGAAAGGAGUCGUGAUUGAACACCAGGCGUACUGUUCAUGCGCUCAAUCCCAUAUACAGGCCUUCCAGAUCAACGACAGGUCCCGCCUCCUGCAGUUCGCCGCCUACGCGUUUGAUGUGAGUAUCCUGGAGACGCUAAGCACGCUGAUGGCUGGAGCGUGUCUCUGCGUACCGAGUGAGGCUCAACGAAAUGAUGUGGUAUUGUUCGAAGACGCCUUAAGGGCUUUCCGUCUCACCCACGUAGGUCUCCCUCCCUCCUUUACUCGAAUAGUCCCCUGGGCGAAUCUCGAAGAGCGGCCCACGUUGUUACUCGGCGGCGAGCCGAUGCGCAAGUCAGACAGGACCAUUUAUAUCGCGCUGGGGAUGCGCUUUAUGAAUGCAUACGGGCCUACUGAAUGCUCUGUCAAUGCGACAAUCCAUGAUCGCGUCCGGUCCACACAUUCGGUGCAGAACAUCGGCAAGCCUACCGGGGCGGUUGCGUGGAUCGUCGACCUUGAUGACAUGGAGAAGCCGAUGCAAUGGAACGAGGUUGGGGAGCUACUUCUUGAAGGCCCAAUAGUGGGCCGGGGAUAUUUGAACAACAGCGAUGCGACCCGCAAGGCCUUUAUCGACCCUCCGGCAUGGCUUCGGCGGCUGCGAAAGGGGCAGUAUCAGUAUCGGGUUUACCGGACGGGGGAUCUAGCGUCUCAGGAUCAAACAGGAACUAUUUACAUCCGCGUCGAGGUCGCCGAUGUCGAACAUCACGUCAACGACGUUGUGGCCAUCAGCACUGAAGUUGUCGUGGAGAAGCUCAACACGUCCGACGACCACCAGAUGCUCAUCGCAUUUAUCGUCCUUGAUGGGCCGUUACCUGCUCAGAUGACUGACUCGCUCUUUCUAACACCGGAGGCCUCUGACCUGGAGACUUUCAAAUCCAUCCAAGAGCAGCUGCACAACCGUCUUCCCCGGUACAUGGUUCCCGAUCUGUGGAUUCCCUUGGCCUAUCUACCCAAGGCAGCGUCUAGCAAAAUUGGCCGGCGUUUAUUGAGAGACACUACAGCGGCAAUGUCGCAAAGAGAUCUUUACGCCUUUGCGGGCUCCCUGACAGAGAAACGGGCUCCUACCACUUCCAGUGAACGGACACUACAGCAAGUGUAUGCUGAUAUCCUCCAAAUCCCGCCCGCCACUAUUGGCAUGGACGAUACCUUUUUGCGCCUUGGUGGCGAUUCCGUCCAGGCUAUCCGUCUGGUCGGGGCUGCAAGAAAGUCAGGGCUGACCGUUCAGAUGCAGGAGGUCCUCGCUGAGGUCAGUGUCGCCGACCAGGCGGACAAGGCCAUGACGAUUGUAUUUUCGCCUGAGGCUGUCGGAGCUGGUUCGCGGGUGCUCCAUUUCUCCUCGUACGCGUUUGAUGUCAGUAUAUAUGAGAUCUUCACUACACUGGCGGCGGGCGCAACCCUCUGCAUACCGUCGGAGUUUGAACGCAAAAACGCGCUUGCCGAGACUUUGCAACCCUUGGAAGUCCCAUGCCUGUCGACCUUGGUCGUGGGAGGGGAAGCCGUCUCCCGCGAAAACAUCUACGUUUGGGCCCCUGGUCGCACGCUGGUCAAUGGAUACGGUCCCGCGGAAGCCACCAUCUGCGGUGCUGGAAUCAUUCCGCCGACGGGGUGGAAGCCGGGGUUGAUUGGUUCAACUGUCAGUGGUGUCGGUGGUGUCGGCUGGGUGACGAUGCCCACUGACACGUCACGGUUGGCUGCCAUCGGGGCCAUCGGAGAGCUGCUGCUAGAAGGACCUUGUCUGGCCGCAGGAUACUUCGACUCCCGGAUACCACGGCCGCUUCAUUUAUAA